AUGGACAGUAAAAACCAUACGAGUGAUAGGGCUAGGGCGUACCCCACAGGUGACGCGCAGGGCAGCACCCGGCUCCUGUGGGAAAUGGACAAGGGUUGUCGCACCAGAACGGGCGGUUGCCACGUAAGAAGCGAGCUUGAAGUGUCGGGGACAAUGGACGCUAUUUUUGCACUCCGCCAAUUGUACGAGAAGUACAGGCGUGCUUACAAAAACCUGCACAUGGUGUUCAUUGAUCUCGAGAGAGCCUAUGAUAGGGUGCCUCGUGAAGUGUUAUGGUGGGCAUUGAAAGAGAAAGGUUUGCCUGGGAAGUAUGUGGAGUUAGUCCGUGCUAUGUACAGGGGAUCCUGUACCUACGUCCGAUUGUCUGCCGGCAACACCGAGCAGUUCAGUGUGGCUGUAGGGUUGCACCAAGGGUCGGCUCUAAGUCCUUACCUCUUCCUGCUAAUUAUGGACGCUCUAAAGGCGAACAUACAGGAGGAGGCACCCUGGUGCAUGCUUUUUGCCAACGACAUUGUACUGAUUGGUGAAGAUGGACUUGAGAUCCAGAGCAGAUUGGAAGAUUGGCAACAGAAACUGGAGAAUGUUGGCUUGAAAAUAAGUAGAACGAAAACUGAAUACAUGUUCUGUGAUUUCGGCGGUCUCUCCGGUCUUGAAGCCAUAGCGCUUGAUGGCGUGGCCCUUCCAGUCUGCUCCGACUUCCGGUAUCUCGGUUCACUCAUUCAAGACGAUGGCAAAAUAGAUCGAACGGUGAAGCACAGGAUUAACACAGGGUGGAUGAAAUGGCGGCAGGUUACAGGAACAAUUUGUGAACCCCGUAUUCCCCUUAAACUUAAGGGAAAGAUCUAUAAGACCAUGAGGUGGGGACGACUCAAGAAACGAUGGAUGGAUUGUGUGAAAGACGAUAUGAGUAGAAAAAAUGUUACUUGUGAGAUGACGUCCGACAGAGAAGUAUGGAAGAAGAAGACAUGCUGCGCCGACCCCAAGUAA